CCGACUCUGCCCAGUCGGUGGGAAUCGUGCAUUACUCAAAAUCUUUGUUUUAAAAUGAAAUACUUAAGCCAUUUAUUAGGUUAUGCCUGUUUUGGCCUUAGCAAUCAUUUCAAUGGACUACUAGUUACCAGAGGUUGGAAUGGGUGAGCUAUUUACCAUCUAUUUAUAUUUACCUUAUAAUUUGACAUGCUUUACGUCAUAUUAUAAGGCAAAUAUAGUUGGUCAAACCAAUUGUCAGUAAAUAGGAACCAAAAAAACUAUACUCAUCCUUUUGGGUACUAGUUUAAGACAAAGAUAUGAUUCUCUCUGUCUAUAUUUGAAAUGAGACAGUCCUUUGACACACUAUAGCGCACCCUUGCCGACCUUUGACUACUACAACUACACAUUUUUAUUAUUUUCAGUUGCCAAAUGAUAUGGAAAAUGACAUGCGGUAUCAUGUGAAGGGGUCGGGUAUCACAAGUGAACAUGAAACCAGGAUGUGUUCCCAUGAAAUUUGCAUGUCAACCAGACAGAGAGCAAGUUAUUACAGGAUGUCAAUCCUCUUUGCAGUAUGGGGACCAAUUUAAAAGUCCAGUGCACAUUAAGGAGCAGACAGACGAUAUGCAGCAUUCUGACUGUCAGAUGGAGACACAGUGUGUGGAUCAAAUUAAAGAGGAGUCCUCAUGCUCAGAUGAGGAGUGCAACAUGAGUAAGGCAGUGAUGCUGGCCGGCCUGUACACAAACCACAUGCUUGAGAAGCCCUUAUGUUCGGACAGCACAGGCUAUGGUGAGAGUGAGGCAGAAAAGCUAGCUGAUGAGCUAAAGGAGGAGGCACUGUGUUCAGAUGGCAUGGAGUGUGACAUGACUGGCAUGAGCGAGUCGACCAUGCUGGCCAGUGCGGAUACUGACCAUGAUGUAAAGGAUGAGCUUGUGUCCGGAUCAGAGCAUGUGAAGGAAGAGCCUUCAUUGUCGGAGAGCGUAGAGUAUGGAAUUAGUGAGGCGGCCAUGCUGGCAGACCUGUAUACUGAUCACGUCGUAAAGGAUGAGUUAGUGCUGGGGCCGGAGCAUCCACAUCGGCCAGAUGUAUCUCUGGCAGUCCUCGACUGGGCGCUAGCUGACGAGGACGGUUGCCUGCAGGAGUCUCAGGAGCACACCUCACAGCCGGCACUGAAGGACUGCUGCGUAAGGCUCGAGCGCCUCCACUACGGAGCACCUGCCGAGCACACCAUACAAGAUACCACUCACACUGACAGUGAACCUUAUUCUGAAGAUGAAAUGUACAUUAAAGUUGACUGUGAGAGAGUGACUGAACCGGUGUGUGAUCUUUGUGGCAAGAAGUUUUCUCUAAAGUCUGAUUUAUUGAAGCAUGUCAUGACCCACAUUCACACGUCUAGUGUGGAGCAAGAAGGCAGCCGGCCUGUUGUCGCUGACUAUGUAUUUGAAGAAAAUCCGUCACCGGAGCGCGUCCUUAGUGUAGACUCUCCGCUCGCGCUCCGAGACUGCUGCGUGCGGCUCGAACACCUCCAACACCACGAGGCGCUCGCCGGCAACGACACAACACAUACUGACACGGAAUCUGAUACUGAAAACAUAUAUGCUAGAGACUGUAUCAUUAACAAUCGUACAACAACUAGUGACACAGACAAUGAUAAUGAAAAUAUAUAUGCUAGAGACUGUAAGAGAAUGUUUAUAUGCGAUCUUUGUGGCAAAAAGUUCGCUUUGAAGGCGGGUUUAAUGAAACAUGUUGUAAUCCAUAUACAUGUACCUACUAACGCCGGAUCGAUUGAGCCAAAUAAUUCACAAUACAAAGUAAGCACAAAUGUCUCGAAGGAUAACUCAGAUAUAGAUGAAUAUGUGUGUGACACUUGCAGAAAAACAUUUCACCGCAAAUAUGACUUGAUUCGUCAUGUAGAAAACACGCACACGCAAACAAGUUCUAAAAUAAUAAAAACAAAGCUAACGGUCUAUGAAUGUAAUAAAGAAGAUAAGAAAACUUAUCCUUGCGACACAUGUGGAUUACAUUUUACACAAAAAGUGUAUUUGAUUACACAUAAACGAAUUCACACAGACAAAAGGCCUUAUUCGUGUAACAUAUGUGAAAAACGUUUUAAAACUUCUGGUUGUUUGAAAAUUCAUGAACGUGUUCAUACAGGUGAAAAACCAUAUAUGUGCGAAAUAUGUAAAAAACAGUUUUCGAACAUACUGUCUUUAAAUAUUCACAAAGUUACCCACCCGGGUAUUACGUGUGAAAUUUGUAAAGAACAUUUUAGGCAAUGGGAAAAAUUUCGAAUUCAUAAGCGAACUCACACAGGCGGGACGAUAUAUACGUGCGCGCUGUGUAAUAUGAAGUUUGCAAGUGUCUGGAAAUUCAAUGCGCACAAACGAACACAUACAAACGAGAGGCCAUACGCAUGUGGAAUAUGUGGAAAGCGGUAUACACGAGCUUCCCAUUUAACGAGACAUAAUCGGUAUCACACUGGUGAAAAACCGUUCUCCUGCAAGAUGUGUGAUAAGAAAUAUUCGCAACAGGAUUCUUUGAGCAAACACAUACUAAGCCAUAUUGGAGCGAAGUCUUAUUCUUGCGAAAUCUGCAAAAAACGGUUCGCCCAAAAGGGCUAUUUCAACAAACACAUACUAAGCCAUACUGGAGCGAAGCCUUAUUCUUGCGAAAUCUGCAAAAAACGGUUCGCGCAAAAGGGCUAUUUGAACAUACACAUACUAAGCCAUAUUGGAGCGGAGCCUUAUUCUUGCGAUAUCUGCAAAAAACGGUUCGCGCAAAAAGACCAUUUGAACACACACAUACGAAGCCAUACUGGAGCGAAACCUUAUUCUUGCGAAGUCUGCAAAAAACGGUUCGCGCAAAAGGGCUAUUUGAACAUACACAUAAUAAGCCAUACUGGAGCGGAGCCUUAUUCUUGCGAUAUCUGCAAAAAACGGUUCGCGCAAAAGAGCUAUUUGAAUAGACACAUACUAAGCCAUACUGGAGCGAAGCCUUAUUCUUGCGAAAUCUGCAAAAAAAGGUUCGCGCAAAAGGGUAAUUUGAACACACACAUACGAAGCCAUACUGGAGCGAAGCCUUAUUCUUGCGAAAUGUGCAGAAAACGGUUCGCGCAAAAGGGCUAUUUGAACAUACACAUACUAAGCCAUACUGGAGCGGAGCCUUAUUCUUGCGAUAUCUGCAAAAAACGGUUCGCGCAAAAGAGCUAUUUGAACAGACACAUACUAAGCCAUACUGGAGCGAAGCCUUAUUCUUGCGAAAUCUGCAAAAAAAGGUUCGCGCAAAAGGGUAAUUUGAACACACACAUACGAAGCCAUACUGGAGCGAAGCCUUAUUCUUGCGAAAUCUGCAAAAAAAGGUUCGCGCAAAAGGGUAAUUUGAACACACACAUACGAAGCCAUACUGGAGUGAAGCCUUAUUCUUGCGAAAUAUGCAAAAAACGGUUCGCGCGAAAGAGCAGUUUGAACACACACAUACUAAGCCAUACUGGAGCGAAGCCUUAUUCUUGCGAAAUCUGCAAAAAACCGUUCGCGCAAAAGAGCAAUUUAAACACACACAUACGAAGCCAUACUGGAUCGAAGCCUUAUUCUUGGUUAAGAUCAGAUAUUUUAAGAAUUUAAAAAAUCAUAAUAUGCGAUGUACGUUAAAUGAACUUUUAGCACUCGACACGUUCGUUUAAAUGUACUCUACAUUUAAAAUAAAUUAAUUGAUA